AUGGCAUCGUGUCCAGGGAAGGCACAAGACUCUUCACCCCAAGCCUCGCUUGAGAUUUCGAACUUGGAAAUUCGAAACACAUGGACGGGCAACUUUGAAGACCCAGUGGUAGCCAGGGUCUCCCUCGAGGCUCAGAUUCUUAACACGAGGCAUUCAGACAUCUCCCUAGUCAACACGUCUGUGACCCGCGUUCAUUCACAUCAUUUCGGUCAGAGCGAUGGGUUGAAAUAUGAAGAUCGCCCUCCCAGUCCCCUAUUUGCUUUCUCAUCCUCAGUGACUGAAGUGAGCGAUAUCGGAGAGGAGCCUACGCUCGAUCCGGACAAGUCCCCCCAGAGUAUGGAACACGAGGCCAGCGGAGCCCACUCUCCCAAUAGUGCUGAGUCCUCCAGCAGGGGUCCAUGUGUGGGAGAUACAGAUCGUUCGGAUAGCACCAGUCCUCAAUCUGCAAGGCCUAGGACCACACGUCUAAGAACCACCAGCCUUCAGACUGACUGUCACCGAGCUGUGACUCCCAGCACCACCUCAACUGAAUCACUAGCCUUCCGGCUCAACAUUGCUCGAUCUCAGGGCUGGAACCUUUCUCAGAAUCUGGGCAAAAGAAGCGCUGCAGAUGCGUGUCUCCCGAGCUCCGCAUCGGACACGGAAAGUGAAAAGGACGGCAAGAAAGCAGCAGGCCGUGAUAACACAUCGCACAGUGCUCCUUCUAGCGGCCUUGUCUACAGAAGUAAAACUCUGGCGAGAAGUCCCCAGCAUGGCAGGAUGCAAAGAUCGAGAAGCAAGCUCUCGAGAAGCUAUUGCUCUAAUCGCUCUAGUCAAAGUUCCAAGUCUAAGUCUGCACCUACAAUUGGAGAUCCAGUCGAACAAGCGCGUUCAGACUCAUCGCCUGAGCCUGGUCUGUGUUCUUCUAGCUACAUAGAAGUCGCAGGAAAUGAUCUUUCCAACACCACAUCCAGUUUCGUUGACAUCGAACAAGACGCAGUCAGUGUCGUGUCACCUGCGACUGAGCAACCAACCUUCGUCAGUGACUCAAUUUCAAGCGCCAAAGACCUUGGGGUCUUGGAAAAGUCUCUCUGGGAACAUGAGUCUUGGAGACACAAGGAAUGUCGAGCGGAUGUUCACCGUAUCUCUGAUGGAUCUGAUCAAGAACAUACGCAUGAUCCGGAGACUGUGGCCGUUCCCUUGGGAAAAAAGCAACAGCCAUUCUUAGGUGGCACAGACGGAGCUGCAGACACUGAGAAUAUGUCCGAUUGUGUGGACAAUGAUGAAACUCCCAAAGUGCCUUCCCUGCCAGGCUUGAGCUCCGAGCACGGUGGAAUGAUAGCGGAAAGUCAGAGCCCUGAGGGAAGCCCCAACCCAUGCCCGGUCAAGUCUGAAGCAUCCAAGCCACUCAACCUGGACGAUCCAACUGAGAGCCCUGAGAUACCAUCCAGGUCAUCCCUACAAGAGGUAUUUGGUGAACCGAGACUGACUCUCGUCGAUGGCAUUCUGUUUCUUGAAAGCCCUCCCAAUAUCACGCCAGUACCAUACAAGGUGGUUCUCACCAUGACCAUCACACUUGGAAAAGGCACACCAAGUGGCUGGAGCUAUUUGAUUAUACCAGGACUGCCUAGGUUGAGGAAGGGGGAAGAUGGAAUCUUGCUCUUCCAGAUGCCGGCAAACCAUGGUUUGGAGUUUCGUAUCACAAAUCUGAGCAGGUAUCAUAUGCUGGAAGAUUGCUUUGCGGCCGAGUUUGUCUAUCAUGGAGACCUUGUGGUUCCUUUUCGGCGGUGCAACCAGAAGUUCUACGGAGUUCUCAAAGGCUUCACUGUGGAGCAAGAGAUCAUGACUGAGAUCAUUCCGUGUCCUGGUGUGACAAACAGCACCGCAGACCUCCUGACGGAUAUUUGUAUUCGUUAUCACGCAUUUUGCUCCGUGAAGCUCCACAAUCGUUGCUUCUGCGCUGAGAAAUGUUGCAUCUUACUAGCGAUAGAUGGUGGGCCAGAAGGCUCUUUUCGCAUCGAAGCUGAUACUUGGGAGACAGGGCUACUUGUGAUUCAGCUUAUGCCGGAGACCGACACGCCCUUGGGCACUUCAACUCUCAAACUCAUUUGCAGCCCAAAGGACUAUGCGAUGUUUUGUAUAAACUGGACAGUCAGACUCUCCCCAGCCAAGGCGAUCAGUUGGCUCCCUAGAAUCUACCCUGGAUCAUCUGGUUCAAAUGACCGUGUUAAUCAUUAUCUUCGUCACACUCACCUGGACAAUGGAGUCAUAAUCUUUGCUAGGAAUGCAGUCAAUUGCGAGCCUGAAGCGUCUCCCACCAGGUCAGCGAGUGGGCAACCUGGGGAUUCCGAGGCCAGCUUGCCAACAGAGGAGCAGUCACUGGAGCAUAUGCCAAUGGAGUCUGCGACUCCGACUCUCUCGUCAGAGAGCCAUAACAAGGACGUACUUAGCACCUGCGGAGAGGCCUCACCAAACACGAUAGGCGAAGUGACAGAUCUUGAAGCAGUUCCUAAAGAGUUUGGUAAAGCAGUGGAUGAAGAGACAAAUAGUCAGCGCGAUACAAAUGCGAACACUCAUGGUGCUGGACAAUCGGCAAGCCUCGCGACGAGGGGCCUUGCUUUGCUGUUCUGCGCGGGGUUCGCUGUGGGUAUCAUGUUCGCAUUUGCCUCAGUCUGGCUUAGCACAUCGUACAUGAAGGCACUCAGUUAUCCCAUUCAAGACCUAUCACGGCCGCCCGUCCCCGAGGAAGGAUGUCUGAAUUGCACUGGUGACAUGAGCUAUUUGACCGAGGAUGAAGACCACUUUCAGCAAGGAUUCGAGCCUGAAAACACCGAAUUACUUGCAUGGGAGUACAGUAUUCCGAAGGAACUAAGUGAGCAGGAAUCAAUUAGUGUGCAAGUCGAAUUGGAGGAAGUGGAACCUGAAGCAGAGGUCAGAUGGAAGGAACAGCAACCAGUUCAUUCACCCCAAGUCCGUUCAUUCCGGGACCGGGUGGAUUACUGGCUUGGAUGGCGAGGGCCGAUUAAUCCAGUUGGAGACCAAGUUUGA